UGUCAGGUUUUCUGGGUCAAGUUCUUUCUGAAAAAAUAUCGAGUUGAACCAUAUGGAGACUGAUGAAGAUGGGACUGAAGCUGGUGGAAAAGCAAAUGAGUUUCAGAAACAUAUCACAGGAAACGGACCGUAUUCAUUAGAUCCAUUACUUCAAACACUCCCUCGAUUGGUCUAAAAAGCUACAGAAGCAUGAAGAGCAGAUCGUAUUUUCGAACAUUCGACUUAUCUUUCC